GAACACAACAUUCAAUGAACCACAACGGCAACGAAUCCCAUUCACCCCUUCUACGAAAAAUGGCUGAGCUUUACACAAGUUUGCUCACGUAUGAACCCGGUUAUUUGGGUUACGCCGAGUUCCCCGAAGCGGAUGAUCCCGUUUGGCUUCUCGGAACAAAGUACAUCGUGAAAGAGGAUGGGGUUGAGGCAGUUCGCCAAGCGUUUCGUUCACUGCUAUGGCUCACCUAUAGAAAAGGAUUCGCCGCUAUCGACGGCGAAGGCGGACGCACUACUGACACGGGCUGGGGAUGUAUGCUGCGCGCUGGGCAAAUGAUGCUUGCAAACGCCCUCGUCCGAAGACAUCUAGGACGCGACUGGCAAUGGAGUACAGACCCUUCUGAAAUUACCCAACGAGACGAUUAUCUGCGGUUACUUCGCCUCUUUCAAGACAAAAAAUCCGCGACGUUCUCUAUUCACCAGAUUGCGCUAAUGGGACAAAGCGACGGCAAGCCAGUUGGUGAAUGGUUUGGGCCGAACACCGUAGCCCAGGCACUCAAGCGUCUCGUGCAGUACGACACAUGGAGCGAUUUGCGCAUGCAUGUAGCGAUGGACCAUAUGCUUGUGCUCAGUGAGAUUCGAAGUCUAUGUCAAGCAACAAACGACAGCCCCUGGAAGCCGUUGGUGUUGGUAAUCCCGCUUCGGCUUGGUCUUGCCGAUAUGAAUGAAAUCUACAUCGGGGCACUGGGUAAAGCACUGCAAAUUCGAGGAUCUCUGGGUAUGCUUGGAGGUCGGCCGAGCCAUGCUCUGUAUUUCGUUGGAGUACAAGCUAACCAACUCGUCUUUCUCGACCCGCACACGACACAGAACUUCGUUGAUUUGGAUCAAGAGCCUAUCGAUGAUUCAUCGUAUCACUGUUGGAACGCACAGCGGAUGCCUAUCAAUGCAAUUGACCCGUCCAUCGCACUGUCGUACUACAUAGAAAACGAGGCGGAUUUAAACGAGUGGUGCAGCGAAGCCAGGGCGCACCUCAUCGACUCUUCGAAUCAUAUGUUAUUUGAGAUCACGGAGAUCCCGCCGAGCUGGCCUUGUUGCGAGCCGGAAUCUGCUACCGGCGGGCUGGACGCAUCGAACAUUAACACAGCGGGGUCCAGCUCGGGACGCGCCGCACACUCGGCUAGUGAUGACCCCAACGCCAACCGUCGGUAUGAUACCUCUGACGACGAAUUCGAGCUGCUCUAACAACAGCCGUUUAGCAGCAUAACGCUAUUGUUUAAAGUCGCCGUCCACUCAAAAAGAGGACAUAGCAAAGAAAAAAUUGUUACACCAGAAGCAACUUCCUUGAGCCGUUUCUUCAAUUGCAGACAGAGUUGAAUGCCUGAACCCGAUGAAGAAGAGACGAAAGCCAAAUUAUGAAUCUAAAAAUGUACAUACGUAUAUACGAGGAACGUUAGCGCAAUUGACAUAUGGAGAUUAGCUAAUACGCGAACUUACGUGCUCUUUAACAAGAUCAUUGUUUCGGUUACAACCGGCUUCGCCCUGUACAGUUUGCUCAAUUAUAUAUGCAACACUGACAGGUACCACCAGUUUGUUGAUUUCAUCCCGAAAGCGACUGCGGAGCUUUAUUAUUGUCAUUUUUACUCUAUAGUGCUAAUUAUGUACGAUUAUUACUACGGAGCUAACAUUGACGUCUUAGUCUCAAAACUGACGGCUAUACACGUGGUGAUAGUAGACUGUUGUUAUAACAUUGGGAUCUUACCUCCCAUUCCGAUCCUAAAUUAUCAAGAACGUCUUUUUAGCCUUAUUUAUCUGGAAUAUGGGCUAUACUGUUACUGCAUUAUUACCAUGUAAAUAGCGCAGAUGGAUAUUAAUUAAAUGUUAAGCAUCGUUUUCUCUAAUACGGGAUCGGUCAGCAUAUUAUAUAUAUAUAUAUAUAUAUAUAUAUAUAGACAGAUCACACAAAAAGAUAAAAGGUUAUUGGUUGCGUAUGAGACGCUGUAUGAAUAAAUACUUUUUUCUGCAUGAAUGCCUAAUAAUCGUUUCAGAAAUAAUUAAAAUAACAACACUGGGACCUUGAUACACGAUCACCAACGAGGAAGAAAACAAUGUGCGAACUCUUAGCAGAGCUUCCGGUUAUUGAUAGAACCAAGAUAUCAAAUAUUCGGCAUCACAAAAUCGUAUGCGUAAAACUUUGGUAAGAGCUAGUUAUAGAAAAGAGACCAAAAAAAAAAAGACAACAAAAAGCGAAGAAAAGUGCGCCGUCGUUUACUGACCACUAUAUUAUACUGCCUCAAAAAUACGGAAGCAGCAUGAACGUAAUGGUACACAGUCAGCUGGGUAACUGUCGAGGCCAGGGCGGAGAAGCAAUCAUAGAAGUCUACGAGCACCCGUAGAUUAAAUAAUAACAGUAAUAUUAAUAAUAACAGCAUCAAGAACAACAAGUUUCUCCAUUGAGCACACGUUGCGCUUUGUUCAACGCGAAGUAAACGUGACAUCUACGUCGAAACAACGAGAAGGCGUAUUGUACAUGUUACAUACAAAAUAUAGAGAUAAAAACAUACAUGAGAGAACUUUUACCAACCGAAGCAGUAAGAGCCACCAAUAUUUAUCUUUAGCAAUGUAAUUACUACUUGAAUAUGGUGGUAGCAUGUCGUAUUUUUUUUCUCUGAUCCAAUGGACGUUCACACGAACAAAGACACUGACCAAAAGCGAAGAUACACUCGUUUUAUGAGCGCAUCUUCUCUUAUCUGUGGUAACUAUGGCGCUGCGGUGCGUGCUGUGCUCCCGUCACCGAGCUCAUGCGUCCAUCACUGUAUUUUUCUAAUUGACUGCGAUUUCUUAAAAGACGCUCAUAUGUAGGAGAAUAAAGCGUGUUCGUCAAAGAAUAAUGAACUCCGAUUCGCUGGUCUUGGGUGUGCAUCCAACCCGCGUAAAUUAUCUUCCGUUCAGCGCUAUCAAUGCAAAAUGAUCUAAAAAGAAUCACCUGUUUUUGAAAACAAGCUUCGUACUAGUUAUCCGACAAAGUUCCUUACAGAACGCAUACAAGGAACGGAAGUUUAGCCAUCGUACGAUAAUACAACAAAAAGCAAUUCUUCUAUCGAUAUUAUAUACAUAAAAUAUGCAUAGAAAUGUGCACAUACAAUGUAGUUUGGGUUUGUGUAUGUCUCAAAACGCACGCAGUGAAAGCUGUGUGCAGUGGAUGCCUAUGAUUUCUGAAUGGAGAUCGAGUAUGAAGUGCUACUUUGUUAAAAACAACCUUGCAAGAACUUUCGAAAGAAGAACUUUGGAGUCCAUGCGAAGAAGGUCAGCAAAAAAUAAUUGCAACACAACACACAACAAAGAAGUGAAAAACUAGUUAAUAAAUCAACGGAGUUGUAACAAAUAAUUCUUCCACAUGCCCCUAAGGAUAAUGUAAUAGUUAUGGCCUGCGUUUUUCAUUUCGAACUGGAGAUAGGGGGGAUUCAAAUGAAAUGACAUAUAUAUGUAUGGUCGACAACAGCGACACCAAAAGACAACUCGUAUAAUAUAUAAAUCUAUAUUGGCGUUGUAUAAUUUAGCUUAGCUGCACAAAUUAGUUUAGUUGUAUGGUUACUACAAGACAGAGUGCGUCUGAAAUAAUAAACUAUGAAAGUGUGUAUUAUUUUCCUAGACAAACGAUCGAAUGCAUUCGUUGCUUGGGUGUUAUUGAUAGUUUGGUAAUAAGUUAUUCAUCGAGAACUCUUUAACAAUUAAGACCUCCGUAACCAGACUCUACUAUUUAUUCGCAAAGAUGAAAAUUGAUUGCGAUUAGUCUUGCUGUACAGCAGCUUCAAAGCUUAACAGUCUCUUCGUCGCUGUGAACACCAAUGCUUUAUAGUCUUAAGCUUUUCUUUCAUUUAAAAGUUGCCUUCUUUACUUUAAUCGUCCUAAAAUCAUUCUUUCAUUCUUCAGCGUAAAAGUGGUAGUUGAAAUAGACACCGAUUCAAAAGACAUUUAUACUGAUGUAAAGGCCGUCCUAAACAAUAUUAAACGCGCCUCCCGACACGCUCCUAAAUACAAAAUAUUCACGUUGGUGUUCGAUUCGAAAGCUAGAUAUUUGUUUACCCUUUGUCUUACUUUUCUGGCUUUUUUUUUUUAAGUAACUACGUUUAACUAAAACUAUUUAUUUGACUUCAAUAAAUGUGCGUAGAUAUGCUAGUUAGUUAGAAGUUUGAAUCUCCAUGUGUCCUUCUUUGACUUUAUUUAUCGGUUACGCCAUUCGCGACGUUGAAUAAGAUCUUCAAUAUAAUAUCCAACUUGCUUGUAUUCUCGCAGCUAUCUAACGCUUCUCGUGUAAAUAGGGCAACAUAAAAAAUGUCUUGUGACAAUAAACGACUAAAAAAUUCAGUGUUCAUUAACAAAUAUUAGCCAUAUACCUAACAGUGUAGAACAACGUAUAUCUAAAUUGUAUAGAUGGUAAGUUUUAACACAAAAUACAAUCUCAAAUUUUGUUUUAUUAGCUUUAUAUAUUUUAUUUUGGUUAUUUUUCAUUUUCCCUCGUUGCUCAACCGGCAUUUCCCCUCUAUUCUGCUUCUAGGAUUUUCAUCUCUUUCUCUGUCUCCUUCUUUCCUUCCUCCUAUUUUUCGCGCUGUCCAUCUUCUUUUAUUUCUCCGUUAGUUUUUCCUUGUCCACCUUUGACGACACGACAUAGUAAUGCAGAUGUAGGAUACAAAAAGAAUACGCCUCCGCCACCCCCCCUCCCCCCAACACAGGCAAUCCCCUAAACCCUUUUCGCAUAAUCAUUGUUUGCCCUCAUUGGCAUCAUUUACUUUAUUCCUUUUAUCUUAAAUAUUCAUAACCCUCAUUUUUAUCUGAGACUUAAUUGUUCAGUUUAUCUCCAAUAAUCCUUCUGCUGCAUUCUCCACUUUUAGCCUUUAGCGCGCAUCUCGUUUUACUGCUAGACACUCUCUAAUUGCUCCAGUUUCUACAUCUAUUGUACUGCCUUUUCUAUGUUCGCACCUUUUUGCCACUACGUCUGCAGCACUAUCGUUAUUCUAAUAUUUAUCUAAAUCAUUCUUUUCUCAUUGUUACUCUGUUAUUUGUAUAGAAUUAUAGUCGCACUACCGCACUAUUACUCCAUCAGAGAAAGGGAGACUCGUCACUUGUAGAAUUGCCCCUGCCACCGCCGCGGGGCAUAGAGUCCAGAGCGAGACGUCUUGCUAUUGGCCGAGUUGCGCUUUCUGUUUAGUUUGAAAGGUUCACUAGCAAUCACACAUCGUCACUGAAAACACAUCAGCGGCUUUUGUUUCGGGUAAUGCGAUCAUAUUAACUGUAGAUAUUUUAUAAUAAUAUUUCUAAUAUAUAAAGAAUUAUACAAUUAAUUAUACUAUCUUAAAAUAAUUACAUGCGCUACUCAAAUGGGUAGUGUCAUAAAAUAGUAAUAAAUGUUUUAGGGAAGUGGAAAUCGAUACGCAAAUCCAUCUAAUUCAGAGAUAAUAAGGCCUUAUGGAACGCCAAUUUAUGUACGUUUUAGCAGCAACACAAAAAUAGUACUGACACAUGAUAAACAUCAACUGUGAUAAAAAAAAAAGUAAUUAUUUUAAAAAAAUUAACAGACCAAUGAAAGAAAAUGACGAAAAAAAUCCGCACUUUCUGCAUGUGUACACACCUUAUCGAUAGAGGUAGCUUAAGUGGUGCGCGUCACACUUCAUUAACUUAAGCAACAAUUCGGUAUUUCCGUUUUUCUCCUUUCAAUCUUAUGUAUGUUUUGCUGAAUUCGUUAAGAUUCUAUUAUGCCUUAAAGUGCGCUAUACACGCCUGCCUAUAUUGCUGGCUAUUUUGUUGUCUCGGCGUCUCUUUGUCAUCACCAUCGAUUUCAAAUGGGCUCAUGGGCAGCUUCUUCUUCCUGUUCAUUUUUGUUUGUGCAUAAUCAUGUGCCUGCGAGAUUUUUGCUAAUUCUAUUCUAGUGUCUUCAUGACCGACGCCUACUUGCCAGCGUCUUCUGGCAUACACGAACCAAUGUCUUGUCCUUAUAUUGUAAGUAUGUUUAUGUUGCGUGCUGAUUUAUCGGUGUCUGUACAUCGGACGGCUGUUACUCUAAAAGGGAAGUCAAGGAUGCUGCAGUUGGUUAUGUAAUGUGUCGCAGUGCAAAACUACGUCUCCUUUUACUGGCUCUCGUGGAGACCCAGUUGUUGACAACCCUUUGAGCCACGCCUCCCCCCCCCCCCUCCACAAUCACAUGUCCGAUAUUCAUUAUAUGCAAUACAGUCUUCUAAUUCGACCAUGCAUUUGAAUAUUCUUUUAUUAAGCGAUAUAUUUUGCCAAAUCAUCAUCAUUAACACUGAGAGAGUCUUCAAAAGUUAGCGCUCACUUCCUAUCGGCCAUUUUCUUUCAUAGCGCAACUUCAAUGCUCCCUCCUUGUUGACGAAAAUGGUGAAAACGCAUCAACGUAUGUCACGAUUAUUCGCCAAUGUUUAUUUUGAACGAUGUGUGGCGUCCGAAUGGUACGCGUGAGUUUGGGAGUUCGUGUAUUUGA